UGUGUAUAAUACAGGUAAGGUCGGGCACAGGCUUUUCCUAUGGUACGUAACGCUACAUUAACCGAGUACAAAAGACAAGGGGAGAUUUGGUACAAGAUCGCUAAAAAGAGAGGACAGAAUCAGAUCCCUUUUAUUUGUGUUACCUGUACAGACUGUUAACAAGGAGGCAGUGUUGUGCAAAAGCCGGUUUUAGCAAGGGACAACUCUUAUGCCCGUCACGCUAUCUGUCGUCACUGAGGCUCCUCGAUACAACAAGUUUCGCAGACAGAUCCGGCUCUAUUGAGUCAGUCUGUCAAUGGGGAACGAUCUGUUUGGUAGCUGAGGCGCUGAUUUCCACUCAAGACUUCCCUGUUUUACUUGCCGAUCGCUGGCUCUGAUUUGCAACUGUGGAUCUCUUUCUUGUGAUAGGUGUUAAAACUUGUCAAGUUGUCGGAGAAAGUUGACGAAGGAGUGAGCAGAGGAAAGUGUCAUUACUGGCUGGUGCUGACUGUAACGUCUGGUAUUGAGGGAUCAUCCUGUGCGAGGUGUAUGUAGACUGCUUGCGAUUGUCUCUACAUUCUGUGCACUAUCUCCACUCUCAGUACGAACUGUCUGCAGACAACACGCAGAGAGGGGUGUAAGAUAUGAAACGGUGACGACUGGCAACUCAAAACCGUCUUUUACCUCAGGAAUUAAUCUAUGUUAAACCUGCAGAGCUGAGAAACCGGCUUUAUAGAAAUACAUUUACCUCUUCGGCAUUGUGCUAUUUAUUCAAUGUGUGCUUUAUAGUUAUUCAUGUACCAAGGUUGCAGCUACAAAAAGGGAAGUCUUCCAUUGAUUUCAAACUACUAGUGCAUUUUAAUCCAUAUUGUUUGCAGUGUUUUCACUGGGACUCCUAAGUCUAAAGGCAUUCAUCACAGCUUAAGCAACAAGGCAUUCACAAACUGCAGUCAUAUUGUUUUGCAGAUUUCUCACAAAUAAUCCAGAGAUUUGUGAACCCUUAAUCAUCAUUACGGACAUUGGUAUUUGCUUCAGAAACUACAGCCUGUACCUUCAGGGAAGUCUUUUCAGUUAUUGAUGCCUACCCAUGCAUUGCAAUCCAUAUUGUAUUGUCGAGUUUACCAGACAAUUCAGAAACUUGUCAACCUUUAUCAUCAGUGACGACAUUAGCUACUUGCUCGCCAACCUACAGGCAGGGAAAUAUUCCACUUAUUUCAGUCUACCUGUGCAUUUCAAUUUUCAUUGUUAUGUAAAUGUUUGCACCAACAAUGAAGGGAUGUUUUAGCCUUUAAUCAUCUGUUGAGGACAUUGUCAUUGGCACUUUGCUGUACAGACUACAGGCAGGGAAAUCUACUGCUGAAAUCUGAGCAAACCAAGACAAGGACUUUACUCCGAGACUUCAUUUCCAGUGUACUUACUUAUUUAAGUCUACCUGUGAAUUUCAAUGUUAUUUAAAGCUUUGCACGAGCAAUAAAGGGAUGUUUUAGCCUUUAAUCAUCUGUUCAUGAGGACAUUGUCACUUUGCUGUGCAGACUAUAGGCAAGCAGGGAAAUCUAGUGCUGAUAAAUAUCUGAAUAAGACAAGGACUUUACUCUGAGACUUCGUUUCCAGUGUACUUACUGCGUGACUGUAUGGAGAACAAACAGAAGAUAACAGGAUAAAGUGUAAUUGCAUACUCUGGGGAACAGUCACGCCUUAUUAGGGUUGUCAUUAUUCGAAAGGGGGCGAAGUUUUUACCCUCGGCAGCAGGGCCGGCGUUGUUGGCUUGACUGGACGAGUCAUUGAGUUGCGUGUUAGUCGCGGCAAGGACACCUGCCUCUGGGAACGGAAUACAUUAACUGUGAUUUAUUUGUGUUGGAUUAGUACGAUUGUAGUCGUUCAAGAUGGCCACCAUGCAUCCGAUCGUUAGAGACAAUGAGGGCUUCCGUCCAGGUCUCACGCGGAGCAAAUCCAACCGCCUCGAUUCUUCCAAAUUCUCAAAGUUCGCCGGCUCGCCUAAUUCCUCCGGCAGCGAGACUUCGUCCUCGGACAGCAAACGACACACGUUUGCCGGCACGGGCCGUCUCAACAUGUCUCGCUUCUCGCAGUUUGAGCAGGGGGGGUCGUCGGAUAGUUCUGAUGGCGGGUCCCGCCCGAUCAAGAGAAACGCGGGGACUCGGUCCAAAAGUCUCAAGUUUGGCUCUGCGACCGUCAUCUCAGAGCUGUGCCAUGUAUGCCAGAAGCGAGUCUACCCCAUGGAGAAGAUCACAGCAGAUAACAUCAUAUACCAUAACUCAUGCUUCAAAUGUUCAGAGUGCAAGAAAACCCUACGCCUGGGCACAUACGCUGCAUGCCAGGGCACCGUCUUCUGCAAGCCUCACUUCAAGCAGAUGUUUAAGCUGAAGGGAAACUACGAUUUCGCCCAGACCGCCCAGACCCCCGCCUCCCCCAGUCAAACCAACGGCGUCUCAGAUUUGGCCGACAACACAGAUUCCAUCAACGCAGACAGAAGUAUGGAAGGGAGUACUGUAGAAUCACCAAGACUAGUUGAAGCUCCCAUCUCAGCCUCACACAACCAGUCAGAGGAGAGCGCCCCGCCCAGUGUAGUCCGGUCCUCAGACAGGCCCGAGGAGGCCAUGCAGGUCAAAGGUGGCACGGGUUCCGUCAAGUCCAGGUUUGAAAGUGGAGACUUCCAAAACAACUCCACGACCACCGCCAAGUCCAUCAAUAUCUACGAUGCGCCCGAGCAGAAGGGCGUGUCGGAGAGUACCCCUGUCCGCAAGGAGGACAUCUUCCACUCGGGCGAGGCGCAGGAAGAGGUGAAGGCACCCUCAGCCGGGAUCGGGAAGUUCAAGAAUAUGUUUGAGGUCGGUGGCGUGACCAACCUAGAGGUCAAGUCCAGUCGAGAUCCCGUCAGUGUUGGGUCCCUGAGUGAAUAUGAGAACACCAACCAAGGUCACGUGGCCGAGAGCACGCCGGUGUUCAGGGAUGAUGUCAUCAGGAGUUCGGAUACAUCUGCCGACCCCGGGAUCAAGAGGGGCCUCUCAAAGUCCCUCAAGAACCGCUUUGAGACGGAGAGGAUUUCAAACAUUGAAGAGAAGCCGAGGGAAAAGAUUGACAUCAGUUCGUCAGAAGAAAAGAGAGUUUACCAACCACCUGAGAAGCCUAAGCGCGAGGACAUCGUCAACGCAGAAAAUAAUACUGAGGAUCCUGGGAUCAAGUCAGGUCAGGCACGGUCUCUACGUAGCCUCUUUGAGAAGGGCAACGUCAGCAACGUGGUGGAGAAGCCGCGCGUUACUCUGGAACGCAGUCCCCGCUCACUGGAGGACUACAGCAUGCAGGACCAGGUAUCUGAGAACACACCCACAAGGAAAGAAGACGUCGUCAGCUCAUCAACGCCGUUGGACGAGCCUGUGAGGUCGGCAGAGAGUACAAGGUCGUUGAAGCAGCGGUGGGAGUCGGGUCAGGUCGAGAGAGUUCCGGAGAAGCCGAAGCCAUCGCUAGAGAGGACACCACAGUCACUGGAUAAUUAUAGUAUGACGAUGGUUGUUUCUGAGAACACGCCUGAAGAUAGAAAAGACAUCGUCAAGUCCUCGGCGAGCAGUGAUGACUAUCUAACAUCAAGAGGUGGCAGUGCAAGCUCACUGAAAGCUAAGUGGGAAUCUGGAGAAGUCCACAAUGCUGAUGUCACAAGUGAAAAGACCGAGAACAAACCGAAGCGUUUCUCCGCUUACUACGAGGGCGAUGAACAAACGAAUGGUGUGGUCGAACAUGAGAAUGGAAUCAUGGAAGAAAGGGAGGAGGUGGAGGAGGAGGAGGAGGACGAGAGCAGUGCUGAUGCUUCGUGGGAGAUCAAGGCAGCAAGGGCAGCAGCCAUGGCAGAAAUAGAGGAUGAAUGACCAAUCAGCACCUUCCAUGAUUCAAAUGAACCAAUCAACAUAAACUGCUUCAUGAACAUCUGUAUCAUGUGAAAAAAAAUUGCUGAAAAUAUAACAGUGCUACAAUUUUAAUGAUUAUUAAUAUAAUAAAUGAUAAAUGUACAUUUUAUAUCUCAAUUCAAUAUUUUUGUUUGUUAAUGACAACAUUUAUUUAGCAUGGUUGAUGCAUAAUUGCUUGUAUAAACAUGAAUACUGGGUAAUUAGAUUGCUCAAAAAGUAAUAAUAGAUUUUUAAAGUAUGCAUACAUAGAUGUAGACAUAGGAAUAAUGGGCUUUCAAUGGGGAAAUAAAAGGGUUUUUAUUACAUUUUCUACUAUUAAUGCGGAUGAUACCCUUCAUGUUGUAAUGAAUUCAUGAAUUUGUGAGAUUCAAAUUAUGCAUAUUCAAGCCAUUUCUCUCUUUUAAUAUUUCAAAAGUGCAAACAGUCUGUUUUGUAAUCCGGGAUGUUAAUAUGUAACAUGUUUGGACUUUGAAUAAUCCACUACUCUAUUAAUCAAGCAGCCAUUAUUGUCUAUUUCUACUCUAGAUUUGAUCAAUUCCAUGUUAUAUUUUGGUGAACAAUUACUCAGACAGCCAUUUUAUUUUGUAUUUUUAUUACACAAUUUUGAGCUGCAUGUAAUAUUAUGUAAUGGUUGCUCGUUUAUGUGGGGAGAUCUAAGAAAAGGGGAAAGGCAGGAGAUAAAGAGGUCCAGCUAAAAGCCGGCCUUAAUCCCAUUUUCUGUGUCUCCUUUAAGUCCGAUUUUGGUAAUCUCUUUCUUUUUGCAUCAUCUUUCAUUCAUUCUUCUUUUCCCUCCUUCCUAAUACCUCCGUCAGUUACACCCAAGAAACAAACGCCAGACCGACACCAGACCGAACAAAGAAGAACAUUACCCUGAAUGGUAGGGUGUCGGUCGGUUUGGUGUCGGUGUGGAUACGGUUCGGCAGUGUGACCGAGGUGUUACUUCCACCCCUUUCUUAAACCUUUUGUUUUUCCCACUCACCCUCUCCGAUUUUUUUCUCUGAAGUCCGAUUGCCUCCUCAAUCGCAAUAUCGCGUGUCCCUUCAACUGAUGGGUGUUUCACAAAAGCCUUUUCAAUGACAAAUAACAACAAUCAGUGACAAAUCUGCUGAUAACCAAUCAAAGGCAAGCAUUUCAGUAGCUUAUAACAAAAAUGGUCAUUUGUCACUGAUGACAAGUUUUGUGAAACGCCCCCCAGGAGCAUGGUUUUUAAAUAGCUUGUUUAUGCAUCCUUGCAACUACACUAGAAAUUUUAUACAUCUGGUCCUUUUGAGU